AGGCUGGAGGCACAGACAAUAUGGCGUAGCGUGGAAGGGGGAACCCACUGUAUUUUGGGAAGAAACAGAGGGAGACACAAAGAAAGAAGUUUCGGCAGGUUUUCUAAGAAUAAGAGCAAUUAAAUAAUAAAGGAAUGGGCGUCGAAAACUAAAAAAAAAGUUUUAUCGAGACGAUUUUUUCGGAGGGAGCUUUUUGAACUACGGAGAAGGGUUUGAUGUUGGUUCAGGUCAAGAAGUAGUUCAAGAUGGCUGCAGCUUCUUAUGAUCAGCUGCUAAAGCAAGUAGAGGCACUUAAAAUGGAGAACUCCAAUCUUCGUCAAGAGCUAGAGGAUAAUUCCAAUCACCUGACUAAACUUGAGACAGAAGCUUCAAACAUGAAGGAGGUGCUUAAGCAACUACAAGGAAGCAUUGAAGAAGAAUCCAUGGGGUCUUCUGGACAAAUUGACCUGUUGGAGAGACUGAAAGAAAUGAACCUUGAUGCCAGUAACUUCCCUGGGGUAAAGUUGCGUCCAAAGGUGUCUUUGCGUUCAUACGGCAGCCAGGAGGGCUCCAUGUCUGGCCGAUCAGGGGAAAGUAGUCCUGUCCCCAUGGGCUCCUUCCCUAGGAAAGGAGUGGUGAAUGGGGGACGGGAGAGCACGGGGUAUCUGGAGGAACUGGAGAAAGAGAGGUCUUUAUUACUGGCCGAGUUGGAGAAAGAAGAGAAGGAAAAGGACUGGUAUUAUGCUCAGCUUCAGAAUCUCACAAAAAGGAUUGAUAGCCUUCCCCUUACAGAAAAUUUUUCUCUGCAGACAGACAUGACCCGCAGACAGCUUGAAUAUGAAGCGCGACAGAUAAGGGCAGCAAUGGAAGAACAACUUGGAACAUGUCAAGACAUGGAGAAGCGAGCACAGGCAAGAGUGGCUAGAAUUCAGCAGAUUGAGAAGGACAUGCUUCGUAUUCGCCAACACUUACAGUCCCAGCCAGGAGAAUCAGAGAAGGCGUCGCAAACCAAGCAUGACCCAGCUUCACGUGAUUCAGAGAGACAGAAUGAGGCAGGACAGGCAGCCGCAGAAUCUGGAAUGGGUUCCACGGGGUGUGGUCAGGGUCCAAGUGCCCGAAUGGAUCACGAGGCAGCCAAUGAAAUGAGCUGUAGUUAUUCUGUCCCAAGACGACUGACAAGUCACCUGGGUACCAAGGUAACCGAAGAUUCCAAGCCCCAGGUGGAAAUGGUUUAUUCUCUUCUCUCAAUGCUCGGUACCCACGAUAAAGACGACAUGUCUCGUACUUUGCUGGCAAUGUCAAGUUCCCAGGACAGCUGUAUUGCAAUGCGGCAAUCGGGCUGCCUUCCUUUGCUAAUCCAGCUGUUGCAUGGCAAUGAUAAAGACUCGGUGCUGCUGGGUAAUUCGCGAGGCAGUAAAGAGGCCCGUGCAAGGGCCAGUGCAGCUCUACACAACAUCAUUCACUCGCAGCCUGAUGACAAGCGAGGGAGACGAGAGAUUCGUGUUCUUCACCUCCUGGAGCAGAUCCGGGCCUACUGUGAAACCUGUUGGGAAUGGCAAGAGGCCCAUGAGCGGGGAGUGGAUCAGGACAAAAAUCCCAUGCCUUCUCCAGUGGAGCAUCAGAUCUGCCCUGCUGUGUGCGUACUGAUGAAACUGUCAUUUGAUGAAGAACACAGACAUGCAAUGAAUGAGCUAGGAGGACUGCAAGCUAUUGGAGAGCUGUUGCAGGUAGACUGUGAAAUGUAUGGACUCACUAAUGACCACUACAGUGUAACUUUAAGAAGAUAUGCAGGAAUGGCAUUAACAAACCUGACUUUUGGAGAUGUGGCAAAUAAGGCAACUUUGUGUUCGAUGAAAGGCUGCAUGAGGGCAAUGGUUGCCCAACUUAAAUCUGAGAGUGAAGAUCUACAGCAGGUUAUCGCAAGUGUUCUGAGGAAUUUGUCUUGGCGAGCGGAUGUUAACAGUAAAAAGACUUUGCGUGAAGUGGGCAGUGUCAAAGCACUCAUGGAAUGUGCUCUGGAUGUAAAGAAGGAGUCUACCCUUAAGAGUGUCUUAAGUGCUCUGUGGAACCUGUCAGCCCACUGCACUGAAAAUAAAGCUGAUAUCUGUGCUGUGGAUGGUGCAUUAGCGUUUUUAGUUAGCACUUUAACAUAUAGAAGUCAAACCAAUACCCUUGCUAUCAUAGAAAGUGGAGGAGGCAUCCUACGAAACGUGUCCAGUCUAAUCGCAACAAACGAAGAACAUAGGCAAAUACUGAGAGAAAAUAACUGCCUACAGACACUACUUCAACAUCUGAAAUCUCACAGCUUAACAAUAGUCAGUAAUGCAUGCGGAACACUGUGGAACCUUUCUGCUCGAAAUGCAAAGGAUCAAGAAGCAUUGUGGGACAUGGGAGCUGUUAGCAUGCUUAAAAACCUGAUUCACUCAAAGCACAAAAUGAUUGCAAUGGGCAGUGCAGCAGCUUUAAGGAACCUCAUGGCCAACCGACCAGCUAAAUAUAAGGAUGCCAACAUAAUGUCCCCGGGAUCUAGCUUGCCUUCCUUACAUGCUAGGAAACAAAAGGCUUUAAUAGAAGAAUUAGAUGCACAACAUCUCUCAGAAACAUUUGAUAAUAUUGAUAAUUUGAGCCCCAAAGCUUCACAUAGAAGCAAACCAAGACAUAAACAAAAUGUCUACAGUGAAUAUGUUUUGGACUCAGGACGUCAUAAUGAUGAUGGAUUAUGUAGGCCAGAGAGUUUUAAUCCUAACAAUAUUACAGUGCUUUCACCUUACAUGAACACUCCGGUGCUGUCUAGCUCUUCAUCUCGAGAUAGCAGAGGAAAUUCAGAAGGUUCUAGAGCUGAAAAGGAUCGAAGCCUUGACAGAGAAAGGAGAGGAGCUGGGCCUGGUGGGUUCCACCCUUCGACAGAUAACACUUCCAAGAGAAUAGGCAUGCAGAUAUCUACAACAGCAGCACAGAUUGCUAAGGUUAUGGAAGAAGUACAGAGCAUGCAUAUAUCCCAAGAGGAAAGGCCUGUUGGAACGUCUACAGAUAUUCAUUGCAUGCAAGAGGAUAUAAGUGGCAUAAGGCGUUCAUCCACUCAUACACAUUCAAAUGUGUAUGCCUUCAAUAAACCAGAACAUCCAAAUAGGACAUGUCCAAUGCCAUAUGUAAAAAUGGAAUACAGGGCAUCAAAUGAUAGCUUGAAUAGUGUGAGUAGCAGUGAUGGGUAUGGCAAAAGGGGUCAAAUGAAGCCAUCGGUGGACUCUUACUCAGAAGAUGAUGAAGGGAAAUUCUGUAGCUAUGGCAAAUAUCCAGCUGACCUAGCUCACAAAAUACAUAGUGCCAAUCAUAUGGAAGACAAUGAUGGAGACCUGGACACUCCAAUUAAUUACAGUCUGAAGUAUUCUGAUGAACAGCUGAAUUCGGGAAGGCAAAGUCCUAGUCAAAAUGAAAGAUGGGCAAGACCUAAACAUCUUGUUGAAGAUGAAAUGAAACGAAAUGAUCAGAAAUCAGUGAGAUCUCAAAAUCAAGCUUAUCAAAUGUAUACUGAAAGCACUAGUGAUAGUGAAGAAAAACACAUGAAAUAUCAGUCUCGGUUUGUACAGCCAGAGUGUCCUGGUGGCUUCAGAAGGAGCUCCAACAGCUCUGAGCAAAGCAGGGGUAGCUCUAGUCAUGGUAUGAACAAAAAGAUAAGUCAGCCGAUGUGCCCAGUUGAUGAUUAUGAAGAUGAUAAACCGACAAACUACAGUGAGCGCUAUUCAGAAGAGGAGCAACAUGAUGAAGAGGAUCAGCCAACAAAUUACAGUAUAAAGUAUAGUGAGGAGCAUCACCAUGUUGAACAACCAAUUGAUUAUAGUUUAAAAUACUCAUCAGAAUCCCCCUCUUCCCAAAAGUCUAUGUUUACUCAUUCAAAGUCAUCAUCUGCUAAGAGCUCGGCAAAGGAUCAUUUAACACAGGGUAGUGGAACUUCAUCUGGUACAGCAUCCAAAACAUCCAGCAGACAAAGCCAGCUACAUCCUUCAUCAGCUCAGACACGAUCUGGGCCACCUCAGGUGCACCAAAAGACUUCGACAUGCAAGGCACCCUCCAUUAAUCAAGAAACCAUACAAACAUACUGUGUGGAAGACACUCCAAUCUGCUUUUCAAGGGGCAGUUCCUUGUCAUCACUUUCUUCUGCAGAGGAUGAAAUGGAAGGGCGUGAGCAACCCAGAAGUUCUGCAAAUAAUUACCCAACUCUGCCAAUUGUUGACAAAGAAGCCAGUGGUGUUUUGUCUGAACAGCCUGUAGCUGAAGGCCAGUCAUCAUCUCAGUACAUGAGAAUGAAGCCUCAUAGAAAUCAGGCUUCUAACGUGGCAACAUCUGAUGGAUCAAGACAUAAAGCUGUUGAAUUUUCUUCUGGUGCCAAAUCUCCAUCCAAAAGUGGAGCACAGACUCCCAAAAGUCCCCCAGAGCACUAUGUACAUGAGACACCUCUAAUGUUUAGCAGGUGUACCUCAGUCAGCUCUCUGGAUAGCUUUGAGAGUCACUCAAUUGCCAGUUCUGUACAGAGUGAACCAUGUAGUGGCAUGGUUAGUGGAAUUAUUAGUCCAAGUGAUCUUCCAGACAGUCCUGGGCAAACAAUGCCCCCAAGCCGAAGCAAGACUCCGCCACCACCACACGCAACUCAGAUUAAACACAAAAUGAAAGUGCCUACGCAUGUUGAAAAGAGAGAGCUAGCUCCAAGACAUGUAGCUGUAAACACUGCUGUUCAAAAAGUCCAGGUACUUCCGGACAAUGACACACUCUUACAUUUUGCAACCGAAAGCACACCAGAUGGAUUUUCUUGUUCUUCAAGUUUAAGUGCACUAAGUCUUGAUGAGCCCUUUAUUCAGAAAGAUAUUGAACUUAGAAUUAUGCCUCCAGUUCAUGAAGAUGAUCAUUGUAAUGAAGACACUGAAAAAGAAGACACUAAAGAAGCCAAGACUGAAGAUAAGCCUGAAGUUCCAUGUGAACUUGGUUCUGAUGAUGAUGACAUUGAGAUAUUGGAAGAGUGUAUAAACUCUGCUAUGCCAACCAAGUCCUCAAGAAAAACCAAAAAGCCAUCACCAUCAACCACUUCCAGAAUACCUCCACCUGUAGCCCGAAAACCAAGUCAGCUGCCUGUGUAUAAACUUCUCCCUUCACAAAACAGGGGACAGCAGCAAAAGCAUGUCAGUUUUACUCAUGGGGAAGAUAUGCCAAGAGUUUAUUGUGUUGAGGGAACCCCCAUUAACUUUUCAACAGCAACAUCUCUUAGUGAUCUUACCAUCGAAUCCCCUCCAAAUGAGUUAGCAAAUGCUGAAAGCACCAGCAUGGGAGCAGGGCCUGCCACUAUUGAAAGAAGAGAUACCAAUCCAGAAGGGAGAAGCACUGAUACAAAGGAUGUCAUCAAAGGUCCCUCUACACCUCCAGUUGCAGUGGAAGAUGAAAAACCUGAGGAAUGUGAGGAGAUUCUUGCUGAGUGUAUAAGUUCUGCCAUGCCAAAGGGUAAAAGUCAUAAGCCUUUCAGAGUGAAAAAAAUUAUAGAUCAGGUACAGCACACAUCUGCAUCUCCAGGGAGUCCAGGACCACAAGAUUCAGAAAAAAAGAAGCCUACAUCUCCAGUGAAGCCUAUGCCUCAAAGCAGUGGAUAUAGAGCUCGAGUAAUGAAAAGAGCAGAGCCUACCAACACUUGUCCACCUGAGGGCUCUUUCUCUGAUAAAAACAAGGAAGUAAAAAAAAGAGAUCCAAAAACUGCCUCUAGAGAGUACACAAACAAACCUCCAGGCAGUGAAGAGCGAAUACGAGGGAGUUUUGCUUUUGAUUCACCUCACCAUUAUACACCAAUAGAGGGUACGCCUUAUUGCUUUUCUCGUAAUGAUUCUCUUAGUUCAUUAGACUUUGAUGAUGAUGAACUGGACUUUUCUAAAGAAAAGGCAGAACUUAAAAAAGAAAAAGAGCAGAAAAAAGCUUCAACAAAAAAUACCAUUGAACAGCCUUCUAGCUACCCAUCCACCGGUAGAACACAGAUGUUUCAUAGACCUUCUCCUAACAGGCCACCAGCAAAACCUCUUCUGCAGAAACAAGCAACUUUCCCACAGACAUCCAAAGAAACCACAGGAUCAAUUACAGAUGAAAAGAUGCAGAACUUUGCUAUUGAAGAUACACCUGUGUGUUUUUCUAGAAACUCUUCCCUCAGCUCAUUGAGUGAUAUAGACCAAGAAAACAAUAAUAAGGACUCCAAUCAGAAAGAAAAUUCAAACACCCAGGCAGAAGAAUCCAGGCCUCAGGCAUCUGGUUAUGCACCCAAGGCCUUCCAUGUUGAAGAUACGCCAGUAUGCUUUUCUAGGAACAGUUCCCUUAGUUCUCUUAGCAUUGAUUCAGAAGAUGACCUUCUGCAAGAAUGUAUCAGUUCGGCAAUGCCAAAAAAGAAAAAACAGCCAACUAGAAUCAAAGGAGAUGACCAUGGGUUAAUUGAAGAUAAAAAUGUAGGUGGCAUAUUAGCUGAUGAAACAGAUUUAAGUUUGGACCUAAGAGAUGCACAAAGUCCCAUUUCAGAGCAGGCUCUUUCACCUGAUUCUGAAUCUUUUGAUUGGAAGGCCAUUCAAGAAGGUGCUAACUCUAUAGUGAGUAGCUUGCAUCAGGCUGCUGCUAGCCUCUCUAGACAGGCCUCUUCUGAUUCUGAUUCAAUCCUGUCUCUUAAGUCUGGUAUUUCAAUAGGAUCUCCUUUCCAUCUUACACCGGACCAAGAAGAGAAACCAAUAACCUCCGGUAAAGGCCCAAGAAUCUUAAAACCAGGGGAAAAGAGCACUUUAGAAUCAAAGAAGAAAGAGGAAGAGCAAGCAAAAAGCCUUAAAGGUGGAAAGAAAGUGUAUAAAAGUCUGAUAACUGGGAAGGCGCGAUCCAAUCUUGAGGGUGUUUCUUCUCAACAGAAACACGUCCCUGUUCCCAUGAUUUCACGUGGAAGAACCAUGAUUCAUAUUCCUGGUGUACGAAGCAGUUCACCAAGCACCAGUCCAGUUCCAAAAAAGACACCGCCAAAAAGUGGUACCUCAAAAACACCUGCCCAAGGCCAGACUUCUGGUAAUUCUCCUAGGAGUAAAACACCUGUUAAAUCAGACCCAAACAGUGCAAGUAGGCAACAGAGUUCUCAAGGAGGAUCAAGUAAGGCAUCUUCUCGAUCGGGUUCUAGAGAUUCAACUCCUUCUAGGCCUACACAGCAGCCUUUGACCAGACCCAUGCAAUCACCUGGUCGCACAUCUGUGUCACCUGGACGAAAUGGCAUAAGUCCUUCUAACAAGUUGUCACAAUUACCCCGCACAUCAUCCCCAAGUACAGCUUCUACCAAGUCAACAGGUUCGGCUAGAAUGUCCUAUACUUCUCCAGGCAGACAUUUAGGGCAGCAAACCCCCACAAAGCAGAGUGGUUUACCUAGAAGUACUAGUGGAAUUCCAAGGAGUGAAUCAGCUUCCAAGGGCUUGAACCAGUCAGCAGCUUCUGGUUCUGCUAAAAAGGUAGAGCUGUCCAGGAUGUCUUCCACAAAGUCCAGUGGAAGUGAGUCUGAUAGGUCUGAGAGACCUGUACUGGUACGUCAGUCAACCUUUAUAAAAGAAGCCCCUAGUCCAACACUAAAGCGAAAACUAGAAGAGUCUGCUUCCUUUGAGUCUUUAUCUCCUUCCUCUAGGCCAGUAUCUCCAAACCGAUCCCAGUCACAGACACCAGUGUUAAGUCCUUCUCUGCCAGAUAUGUCAUUAACUUUGCCACAUCAAGGUAGCUGUUGGAAGAAAUCCCCUCACGCUCAAAAUUCAUCAUCUGAAAAUGGUGAUGGAAGAUCACUGAGAAGGCAUGAUAUUGCUCGCUCCCAUUCUGAAAGUCCUUCCAGACUGCCAAUUAACAGGUCUGGCACUUGGAAGCGAGAGCACAGCAAACACUCUUCAUCCCUGCCAAGAGUAAGUACAUGGAAGAGAACAGGGAGCUCCUCAUCUAUACUUUCAGCAUCUUCUGAAUCUAGUGAAAAAGCAAAAAGCGAAGAUGAAAGGCAGAGUGCAAGUCCUGCUCAAGGAGCUAAAAGUAAAGAGAGCCAUGCCCCUUUGAAAGGAACUUGGAGAAAAAUUAAGGAAAGUGACAUUCCUCAGUUGACAAAUUACCAAACCCAGGAUCCAUCAAGUGAUGCACUUGUUGCUGAUUGUAAACUUUUGGUUCAUCAGAUGGCUCCUGCUGUGUCCAAAACUGAGGAUGUGUGGGUCAGAAUUGAGGACUGUCCUAUAAACAACCCUAGGUCUGGAAAAUCACCAACAGGCAACACUCCUCCAGUUAUUGACAGUUUGCCAGAAAAAUUAAUUGCUGAUGACUCGGAUGCAAAUGACCCACAGUCUAAACAACCCAUGGUGAAUGAAAAUGCACCUGUUCGUGUUCUUGGUUUAGAAAAUGUGAAUUCAAUCACCAAGAGUGAAUACACUGACAAAAAAGGAAUGGAUGGCAAGGCAGCUGCAAGCAAUCCAGGUGCAACACCAGAGACUCAUGAAAAUCCCAUCAGUGAGCGCACCCCUUUCAGUUCUUCAAAUUCCAGUAAGCACAGCUCUCCCAGUGGUGCUGUCGCAGCAAGAGUAACCCCAUUCAAUUACAAUCCAAGCCCUAGAAAGAGCAGCAAUGAUGGCACAUCUGCUCGACCAUCACAGAUCCCAACACCAGUGAACAGCAGCACAAAAAAAAGAGACUCCAAAGGAGAAGGUGUUGAGUCAAGUGGAAAUCAAAGUCCCAAACGUCUUUCUGGAUCAUACCUUGUGACUUCUGUGUGAAAGUAUGGAAAAAAAAAUUAAUUUGUAAUUUACAUAGGAUUUGAUCACUAAUAUGUAUACUUUAGUACAUUUGCUUUGUUGACUGUUGGGAAGAAUACAAUGUAAAUAUUUUUUGAAGGUAUCUGUUCUGGAAGCCAUAUUUGAUUAAGGCACACUAUCAUUGCUGGUAGAAAUGUGGCUGGCACACUUGGUUAUCAGAAAGAGAUAAAUUUGGAGGGGACAGUAAGCAUAUUUGUACUGUACAUAUUGUUUUUUGAUGUAUUUAAAUUGAAUCCCUGACAUGAUCCUUGCUUGGUUUAAACUAGAUUUUUGAGAUGGUAAAACACUGUUUAAAAAGGACUUUUAUUGAUGCUUUUGAUUUUUGAGAUUUUUAUUAUAAGUCAGCAUUAGUUUAAUACAUCAUGCAAACAGAGCUAUUACUUUAAUUUUACUGCUUCAAAAAAAGUAAAAAAAAACUCCCAUCCUGCUCUUCUGCAUGAACUGAUCUGAUGGUUUGUUUCCUGAAGUAACGAUUAACAUUUGUGGUCACAUGGUGUGUAUAGGUAGCUAUAGUGUAAUAACUUACACUAUUUUGUGUGUGAAAAUAAGGUAUUAUCUGUAACCUUGGAAACCUUGGAUGAGAUUGUUUUACUUUGGAAAUAGAUUUUAUCAGAAAGUAGGUAGAUCCUUUGCUAUGCUGUUAACUUGUUGUAUAUUAUGUUAUUGAGGUGAGAUGGCUGCUCUUUUAAUAAUGAGACAUAGGUUGUCUCAAAAGGACUAAAUGAAAAUUUCAAAAUAAAUUAUUACUGUAUGUUUUGGUGUUGGUCUGAUAAUUUCUUAACAUUUAAUGGUUUGUUUUUAUUCUUAACCACUAUCACUGUCAUAGCAUAUUAUCUGAAGCAAGAUGUUUUUUGUUCUGCCAAAAAAGAUUUAUUCUACACUAUGUGAAUGAUUAAGAUGUACACACUUGUUUUAUGAUUUUCCUUCAUGCAAUAAAGUGGAACUGGUUGCCUAUUUAAGAAAGAAGCACUGUGUUGCAGAUUACAAAGUGUAAAGCAACAUAAUAAACACUACAGAUUUUGGUGCAAAA